CUAGACCUGGAGACACAUUAUUUCUAUGAAGGAAUAACGAAACUUGUUCACAUGAUGUUUUUGAGUUUUGGAGGAAUACGCAUAUCCAAGCACCUUACCAGUCAGAACGGCACGGUCGUUGCUCGACAGAUUGACUGUGCAGCUCGAGCAAUCCACAAUUAUGGUGUCUUGCACAAGGAUCUUGAGCCCCGCAACAUACUAUGGAAUGAUGAACGUAGCUAA